CUCCGUCCCCGCCUCCCCUGCCUGCGCCCCUGCCUCCGCCUCUGCCCACCCGGCCCAAUCCCUUACAACUGCCCCAGGACGGCUCCUGGGCAGCCGCUGCAAUACAGACGGCACGGGUUGCCCCUCUCUGCUCCAGGUACCUCUCUCCCCUCCGUCAGCUGGCCCUGGCCUCUCGGCCUGACAAGAGGAGGACUCCCACCGCCUGACAUGCCCCACGCUUCUCUCUGCAGCUAGAAAGACCUGAGUUAGGCAAGCGGAAGCGGACGCCUUCCUACCUCAUGGCGACAGAAAACGGAGCAGCAGAGCUGGGAGUCCAGAGCUCACCAGCAGACAAUGCACCUAAAGGUGCAGCAGACGAAGGACCCCCAGCUACAGAGAAAGACCUUGCCCCCCCAGACCCAAAGAAAGAGCCUGCCCCCCCAGACCCAAAGAAGGAACCUGCCCCCCCAGACCCAAAGAAAGAGCCUGGUUCCCAAGAACCAAAGGAAGAAACUGCCCCCUCAGAUCCAAAGAUGAAUCCUGCACCCCCAGACCCAAAGAAAGAACCUGCCACCCCAGACCCAAAGAAAGAGCCUGGUCCCCAAGACCCAAAGAAAGAACCUGCCCCCCCAGACCCAAAGAAGGAACAUGCCCCCCCAGACCCAAAGAAAGACUCUGGCCCUAUAGACCCAAAGAAAGAGUCUGUCCCCCCAGACCCAAAGAAAGAAACUGCCCCCCCAGAACCAAAGAUGAAUCCUGCACCCCCAGACCCAAAGAAAGAGCCUGGUCCCCAAGAUCCAAAGAAAGAACCUGCCCCCCCAGACCUAAAGAAAGAAACUGCCUCCCCAGACCCAAAGAAAGAAGAACCUGCCCCCCCAGAACCAAAGAAAGAACAUGCCCCCCAAGACCCAAAGAAAGAGCCUGAUCCCCAAAAACCAAAGAAAGAGCCUGGUCCCCAAGAACCAAAGAAAGAACCUGUCCCCCCCGAUCCAAAGAAGGAACCUGCUCCCCCAGACUCAAAGAAAGAAAAACCUGCCCCCCUAGAUCCAAAGAAAGAAUCUGGCCCCCCAGACCCAAAGAUAAAAUCUGCCCCCCUAGAUCCAAAGAAAGAAGCUGCCCCCCCAGACCCAAAGAAAGAAGCUGCCCCCCCAGACCCAAAGAUGAAACCUGACCCCCCAGAACUAAAGAAAGAAUCUGUCUCCCCAGACCCAAAGACAGAAACUGCCCCCCCAGACCCAAAGAAAAAGCCUAGUCCCCAAGAACCAAAGAAAGAACCCAUCCCCCCAGAUCCAAAGAAGAAACCUGCCCCCCCAGACUCAAAAAAAGAAGAAACUGCCCCCCCAGACCCAAAGAAAAAACCUAGUCCCCAAGAACCAAAGAAAGAACCUGUCCCCCCAGAUCCAAAGAAAAAACCUCCCCCCCCAGACCAAAAGAAAGAAGAGCCUGCUCCCCCAGACCCAAAGAAAGAGCCUGCCCCCCCAGAACCAAAGAAAGAGCCUGUCCCCCCAGAACCAAAGAAAGACCCUGUCCCCCCAGAACCAAAGAAAGAAUCUGGCCCCCCAGACCCAAAUAAAGACUCUGGCCCUAUAGACCCAAAGAAAGAAUCUGGCUCUAUAGACCCAAAGAAAGAAUCUGGCCCUAUAGACCCAAAGAAAGACUCUGGCCCUAUAGACCCAAAGAAAGACUCUGGUCCACUCACCAUGAAGAAAGGUGCCAAAGCCCCUGCCCCAGAGAAAGGGAAAGGUGGCCUGGCCCAACCCUCAGCUAGCAGCCAGGGGCCCGAGGGAGAAGGUGCCUUGGGCAGUGUUGGGCAGCCAGCAGCCCUGCCCCAGCAGACCCAGACGGCUGAGGCCAGUGUCAAGAAGCCCAGCGACGACAAUCAUCAGGAGUCCUCGGGCAACCAGGAUCCUGGAGAGGCCAAGGAGCGAAAGAAGGCAAUAGAGAGCCAAGCAGCGGCCAGGAGGGGCUCCCCGGCCUUUCUACAUUGCCCCAGCUGCCCUGCUGCCAUCUCCAGCCCGGAGCAGUCGCUGGCUGAGAAGCCCCCAAAUGAGGCAUUGGAGCUCAUCUUUGAAGGGGUGCCCGUGACCCCCAGCCCCACAGAUCCCGUGCCAGCCAAAGCAGCAGCAGGAGGGGAAAAUAGCCCGCGCGGCAGCCAGAAGGAAGCAGGAGAGAAGGCUUCCGGCCAGGCUGGCCCGGCUGAGGUGGAAGGGGACACCUCGAGGGGGAUCGAGUUCCAGGCUGCGCCCCCGGAGAGGUCGGAGGCGGGGCAGCCCCUCUGUCUCACAGCCAGGGAGGAGGACUGCUUCCAGAUUUUGGACGAUUGCCCGCCACCUCCCGCCCCCUUCCCCCACCGCAUCGUGGAGCUGAGGACCGGGAAUGUCAACAGUCAAUUCAGCAUGAACUCCAAGGAGACACUGGGCGGCGGCAAGUUUGGAGCGGUCUGUACCUGCACAGAGAAAGCCACCGGCCUCAAGUUGGCAGCCAAGGUCAUCAAGAAGCAGACACCCAAAGACAAGGAAAUGGUGAUGCUUGAGAUCGAGGUUAUGAACCAGCUCAACCACCGCAAUCUGAUCCAGCUCUACGCAGCCAUCGAGACCCCACAUGACAUCAUCCUGUUCUUGGAGUACAUCGAGGGCGGCGAGCUCUUCGAGAGGAUCGUGGACGAGGACUACCAGCUGACCGAGGUGGACACCAUGGUGUUUGUCAGGCAGAUCUGCGACGGGAUCCUCUUCAUGCACGAGAUGCAGGUUCUGCAUCUGGACCUCAAGCCAGAGAACAUCCUGUGUGUCAACAACACCGGCCAUUUGGUGAAGAUCAUUGACUUCGGCCUGGCACGGAGGUAUAACCCCAAGGAGAAGAUGAAGGUGAAUUUUGGGACCCCAGAGUUCCUGUCUCCUGAGGUGGUGAAUUACGACCAAAUCUCCGACAAGACAGACAUGUGGAGUAUGGGGGUCAUCACCUACAUGCUGCUGAGCGGCCUCUCCCCCUUCCUGGGAGAUGAUGACACAGAGACCCUAAACAAUGUCCUAGCUGCCAACUGGUACUUUGACGAGGAGACCUUCGAGGCUGUGUCAGAUGAGGCCAAAGACUUUGUCUCCCACCUCAUCGUCAAGGAACAAGGGGCCCGCAUGAGCGCUGCCCAGUGCCUCGCCCACCCCUGGCUCAACAACCUGGCAGAGAAAGCCAAGCGCUGUAAUCGACGCCUCAAGUCCCAGAUCUUGCUUAAGAAAUACCUCAUGAAGAGACGCUGGAAGAAAAACUUCAUUGCUGUCAGCGCUGCCAAUCGCUUCAAGAAGAUCAGCAGCUCAGGGGCACUGAUGGCUCUGGGGGUCUGAGCCCCAGAAGCGGCGGAGGCCUGGAUGCAGCUCCACGGUGGCCGGGGCUGAGGCCUCACAGCCCAGAAGGCCAGGGCAGAGGGCCAGACCCCAGGGUGGGCUGGGCAGGACAAGGCUGCGCCAGGCCGGGAGGCUCGGGGCUCCCCACGCCCCCACACGGCGACCGCUGCCCGAUGAGAGCUGCCUCGGAUGUGGCCUGGAUCCAUCCUGCUAACGCCUCCCCAGACGGGCUCCGGCCCAUCGGCUGCCGCCCAGAUGCCACAGGCCCCUUGUUCCUUCCCUGGCUCCCCCUUUGGAACUGUUGCCUGGUGACCCUGCUUGGCCCCGCCCGGGCAUCCCUGGCCUGAGCUUGCUCUCAGCUGAAGUGGGAAGGCUGGGGUCCCAGCAUGUGGGGCUCCCGCGGUUGUGGGUGGGAGGCUCUUGGUGGGGCAGGAAGGCAACCAAGUCGAGCCCUGAGGCCAGCUGCCGGGAGACAGAGCCGGCUUUGUGAAAGAGGAGCUUCACGCCACGCCUGCCUCCCUACACCCAACAGAUAAGGCCCAGCGCACACCAUCUGGCCAGCUCCAGCUCCCACCCACCUUCCUUGCUGACCACCAACACACAGGAACUCUGAGUGAGAGAGAGGAUGCCCAGCCCAGGCCUGGCGGAGGGGGCAGGGAGGGGCCUGGGGGACACCGAAGACCACCCCAAAACUUGCCUGAGGGCCUCGCUGGCUCAACCCAGCCACUGUGGGCCCCCAUCCCUGCCACGUGGGCCUCAGAUGAUGGAGUCAGCAGGCCCCGGAGGAUGGAGUGCAAAGGCCGUGGGCAGCCCCCAACCUGCUCUCAGCUUGUGCCUUGUAAAUAAAUGUACAGGUUGGAUGUGG